AUGGCGUACUCGGUCAACCUGCCCGACAUCCUCUCGCGGCUGACGCUGCAGGAGAAGAUCUCCUUGCUCGCUGGUGCCGACCUCUGGCGGACGGUCCCCAUUCCUGAAAAGGGUGUGCCCUCGGUCAAGACGUCUGAUGGACCCAAUGGUGCUCGUGGAGACUCUUUUACUGGUGGCACCACGGCUGCCUGCUUCCCUGCCGCCUGCUGUAUGGCCUCAACCUUCGACGUGACCCUGGCCAGGCGCGUAGGCACGGCUCUGGCAGAGGAGACACACUCCAAGGGUGCCCGCUGUCUUCUGGCCCCCACAAUGUGCACCCAGAGGCAUCCCCUGGGUGGCCGUAACUUCGAGUCCUUCUCUGAGGACCCCUUCCUGGCCGGUAAGAUGGCCGCCCAGGUCGUCAAGGGCGUGCAGGACAUUGGCGUUGCCGCCACUAUCAAGCACUUUGCUGCCAACGAGCAGGAGACAGAGCGUCUGACCGUCAACGAGACGGUCAGCGAGCGUGCCCUGCGUGAGAUCUACCUCAAGCCCUUUGAGAUCUCAGUCAAGGAGGCCCGGCCCUGGGCCGUCAUGACCGCCUACAACAUGGUCAACGGCCACCACGCCGACUCCAAUGAAUUCCUUCUCAAGGACGUCCUCAGGGGCGACUGGGGUUGGGACGGCCUCAUCAUGAGUGACUGGGGCGGCACCAAUUCGACUGGCGCCAGUCUCAAUGCAGGCCUGGACCUUGAGAUGCCCGGCCCCACCAGGUGGAGGACCCAAGAAGCUGUCCUGGCCGCUAUCAAGUCCGGUGAGGUGAGCGAGAAGACUAUUGACGAGCGUGCCAUGCGUGUUCUCGAGUUUCUCAAGCGCCUCAAGUGCUUCGAGGAUCCCUCCAUGCCCCCGGAGCAGGCCAUCAACAGGCCCGAGCAUCAAGCCCUCAUCCGCGAGGCUGGAUCCAAGGGUAUAGUACUUCUCAAGAAUGACGAUGCCAUUCUCCCUCUGUCCAAAGACAAGGUCAGGGGUAAGAAGAUUGCCCUCCUGGGCCACGCCAAGACGGGCAUGGCUCAUGGCGGUGGCAGCGCUUCGGUCAAUGCCCAUUACCGCAUCACCCCGUGGGAUGCCCUGAACGAGGCACUAGGCCCCGAUGUCGAGUUCACCUACUCCAAGGAAGAGGCUUCCAUGGCUAACGUAAAAGAGAUACCAGGUGCCCAUACUUUCCGCAUGAUGCCCUCCAUUUCAGAAAAUGUCGUCGAUCUCACCGGCGGAAAAGGCUGGACACGCAAGUUCUAUGAGCAGGGUUCCACGGUCCCCGUCGACGUCAGCCACGGGCACGAGGAUUGUGACAUCAAUGUGCUCGGAUUCGGAGUCAGGAACAAGGAUGCUACCAUUGAGGGAACUUACACGGCUCCCGAGACGGCCACCUACUACUUUACCUGCUCCGGACUGGGCCCUAGCCAGCUGAUCAUCAACGACAAGCUCGUUUCUGAGCAAAAGAAAAACUGCGAGGAUGCAAUGGGCUUCCUUUUUGGCGGCACUGCGACUCCAGAGGUUAAGGUGCCGCUCGAGGCUGGAAAAGAGUACAAGAUAGUGGUUCGAACGCGCCCCGCUGUCAAGGAAGGUGACCAGGGUUUCGGCAUUCUCCAAGGCAGGAUUGGUGUCCGCAUCGGUCACAUGUCCGCGACAGAGUAUGACAAGGACCUCCUCUCCGAGGCUGUCGACGCGGCCAAGGCGGCGGACGUGGCUGUUGUCUUCGUAGGUCACGAGACGGCAUGGGAGACGGAGGGCCAGGACCAGGUGUCGUUUAACCUGCCCAAAGACGGCAGCCAGGACCGCCUCAUCAGCGCCGUGGCCAAAGCCAACCCCAACACGAUUGUCGUGAACCACACAGGCGUCGCCAUAGCCAUGCCGUGGCUUGGCGAGAUCAAGGGCCUCUUGCAGGCCUGGUUCCCUGGCCAGGAGGUGGGUAACUCAGUCGCCGAUGUGUUGACGGGCCGCCAGAACCCCGAGGGCCAUCUGACGUGCACAUUCCCCAAGUUCCUCGAAGACAGCCCCGCGCACGACAACUUCCCCGGCAAGCACGAUGCCAAUGGCCGCCUACAGGUCACAUACGAGGAGGGCAUCUUUGUCGGCUACCGUCACUUUGACCGCCUGCCCGCCGACAAGGUCAACUUUCCCUUUGGCUACGGUCUCUCUUACACCACUUUUGGCCUGUCUGAUCUGAGCGUCGAGGAGUCUGACGGCAGCUACACCGUCAAUGUCAAGCUCUCCAACACCGGCAAGGUGGCUGGCGCCACGGCCGUGCAGAUCUAUGUGGGCGCCGCUGACAAGCCGUCUGACGAUCCCGUCAAGGUCCUCGCCGCAUUUGCGAAGGUCCAUGUCGAGCCUGGGGAGAGCAAGACGGUCAGCCUGCCCGUUACCGUGCGCGAGUUUGCUUCAUUUGACGAGGCUUCGCGCAAGUGGGUUAUCAAGGGUGGUGAUUAUAACUUCAUGGCGGGCAAGUCUGCAGGUGAGAUUGUGCAGGAGACCAAGGUCGCCGUCAAGGCGCAGUCGUUUGAUCCGUAG